AUGACUUCCAGAUUACUAGAGACUGGCAGUACGCCUUUCAUCAGAAACACUGCUGCCCAGCAACUGGCAGAUGUGCAGAAGCAGCAUCCAGACGAAUUAUUCAAUCUUCUCGGACGUAUUCUACCAUAUCUUCGAUCCAAAUCAUGGGACACCAGAGCUGCUGCAGCCAAGGCAAUCGGUCUCAUUGUCGCCAAUGCAGACACCUUUGAUCCUAACCAGGAUGACGGCCAGGAGAUCAAGAAGGCCGAGAAUGACGAUCUCGACGUUGACAUCAAAUCGGAAGAGGAGCUGUUGUCCCCGAUGGACGACUCGCUCCUCCAACUGGAGCGUCUCGAUCUCCCUUCUAUCCUGAAGUAUGGAAAGAGACUUCUCGGCAGCGCAGGUAAGGAAUAUGAGUAUUCACUGGCCGCUAUGGAUCCUGCUUCCAGACUGCAGCAUCAAAAGAAAACCCUGACCUCUCGCUUGGGUCUCGCCGGGGAGUACAUCGAAGAGGACCUAAUCAAUGACAACGACCUGGUUUCGAAACCGGUUGUGAAGGAAGAACCAUCUUUCGUUGCAUCCCGCGAGCACAGCAUUCAGGGCACUUCCCAGCCUCUGGCGUCGCCGAUUGAACCCGCCAAUGGAGAGGAGUCGGGCUUGAGCAAACGGCAGCUCAAUCAACUAAAGCGAAAGAAUAAGCAAAGCGCCAGAAUGGGAGCGAAUAAAGUGCGUGUAGUCGACCUGUCCUCGCGGAGAGCGUCGGAGAACGUGACAACGCCUUCGGUGGCCACGCCUUAUCCCAUCAAAUCAGAGAAUGGAGAAGAGCGCAACGGCGAUUCCAAGCCAGAUUAUUUCUCGUUAGACCGAUCCGCCGGCGAUGAUGAGUCGAAGAUAGUCUCCGAAUUUAAAGGAGCUUCGGUUCCAGAGAAUCCAUUACUCCAGCCAGAGUCCACAGAAGAAGGUCCCAAUCCGAACUGGCCUUUCGAGCUCAUGUGUGACAUCCUCAUGGUGGAUCUUUUUGAUCCCAACUGGGAGAUUCGCCAUGGUGCUGCGAUGGCUUUGCGUGAGGUCAUUCGCAUCCAGGGUGCCGGUGCCGGCCGUGUGCAGGGGAAGAGCAGGGCCGAGAAUGAUAUUUUAAAUCGCAAGUGGUUGGACGACCUUGCGUGCCGUCUCCUGUGUGUGCUCAUGCUCGAUCGCUUUGGUGACUACAUCUCAGAUAACGUCGUAGCUCCCAUCCGAGAGACCGUCGGUCAAACGCUAGGUGCACUCCUCUCCCAACUACCAUCCCGGUCGGUCAUUUCUGUCUACAAGUGUCUCUAUAGAAUCAUUAUGCAGACCGAUCUCGGCCUGGAACGGCCUAUCUGGGAAGUUUGUCACGGUGGCAUGAUCGGUCUCAGGUAUCUAGUAGCGGUUCGAAAGGAUCUGCUCAUUAAGGAUUCCAAGCUUAUGGAUGGCGUGCUCGAGGCGGUCAUGAAGGGCUUAGGGGAUUAUGAUGACGAUGUCCGUGCGGUAAGCGCGGCAACGCUUGUUCCCAUUGCCGAAGAAUUUGUUAAAACUCGUCAAAGUACCUUGGGCACCCUGAUGACCAUCGUUUGGGAUUGCCUUUCGAAUCUGCAGGAUGAUCUCAGUGCCAGUACAGGUUCAGUCAUGGACCUUUUGGCGAAACUGUGUACAUUCCAAGAGGUUCUCGACGCGAUGAAGGCCAAUGCAGCGGUCAAUCCGGAAUCGUCUUUUGGUAAACUUGUUCCUCGCCUCUACCCGUUUCUACGACACACCAUUACCAGUGUCCGCUCGGCGGUUCUGCGAGCCCUUAUGACAUUCUUGCAACUCGAGGGCGAAGGCACCGACGAGUGGGUCGACGGAAAGACAGUGCGUUUGAUCUUUCAGAAUCUGCUAGUGGAGCGAAACGAGGGCGUUUUGAAGCAGUCUCUUCAGGUCUGGUCAGAGCUACUAAAUUCACUGGAGACCCGCGGUUCCUUCAAGUCGGAAAGCGACCUCCUAAGUCAUAUCAAACCCCUUAUCACUCUAAGUAUGGGUCCUUUCGGUGUUCCGCGAUACCCGGUUCCUAUGGACGCUUCUUUGUUUAUCAAACCCUCGGGUCUGCCUUUCCCGUCAAGCGCUGCGGCUCCUGCCAGGUCAUCUCCGGCUAGUAACACGCCUGAAGGAACUAAAGGUCGUCGGCGCAAGUCCGAGAAGAAAGAGGCGCCGCCACCUUCUGCCCACAAUGUCGACGGGCACAUGCUCCAAGGCGACAUUGACCUAGUGGGAGCGGAUACUAUGCUGAGGUCGAAGAUAUAUGCCGCAAGAGCUCUCGGCCAGUUGCUAUUUGUCUGGGACCAGAACCAGCUCCCGAGUCUAUGGCAGUCUAUCCUGGAAGGACUCAACCAUUCGGCCUCGACUUCGCAACUCGCUUCGGCCAUGAUAGUGGAGGAAUAUGCCAAGCUCUCUGGACCUAGUGGGAGGUAUGCCUCUACUUUGUGUGAGAACCUACGUCCAAUCAUCGAAGGCGAGCGUCCUCCGUGGUAUAGCGACAUUGCUUGCUAUCUCCAUGUCGCUCGAGCACAGUGUCACUCCCUUUUGAACACCUUCCGCGACCACGCACAUGUUCCCGGCUCAAGAUUGCCUGUCCUCGCCGUCAUUGUUCAAGGGGAUCCUGAGGCUGGACCUAAUGCGUUCUCGCUGUCUGACGCCGAGAAGGUCAUUGGCCCAGACUUUGAGCGGCUCAAGAAGGGUCUUACUCCGGCUCAGCGCAUUACCGCUCUCCAGGUCCUCAAUGAUACUCGCGCAACGGCUGAGAGCGCUGUCAACGAGGCCAGGAAUGCCAGAGAGCAAAGAGACUUGCGUGUUCGGGCUGCUGCCGCAGGCGCUCUGGUUGCUUUAAGCGACAUUCCGAAGAAACCCAGCCAUAUUAUCAAGGGAAUGAUGGAUAGCAUAAAGAAAGAGGAGAACGCGGAACUGCAACAGCGCUCUGCCACUGCUAUUACCAGCCUUGUCGAGUACUACACCACUUCGGCGAAGCGGGGACCCGUCGACAAAGUUAUCGGUAAUCUUGUCAAGUACUGCUGCGUGGAUACUUCUGAGACCCCCGAGUUUCACCACAAUGCGAUGCUCGAGAAGUCUAUCCUCUCGCUCCGUAAGGAAGAAGACCGGCGUGAUCAUCCAGAUGCUGCCAAGUUUGAGAGAGAGGCCAAGGAGGCUCGAAUCAUGCGUCGUGGCGCCAAAGAAGCUCUCGAGCAGUUGGCCGUCAAGUUUGGUUCUGAGCUUAUGGCCAAGGUGCCUAACCUCGCUUCUUUGAUAGAACGACCACUGAAAGAAGCUCUUGCCGCCGACGAACUUCCGGCGAACAUUCGUGAUCCCGAAAACGAACUUGGCCAGGAAGUUGUGGAUGGAUUGUCCACGUUGCGUGCCAUCCUGCCCAAAUUUCAUUCGGGACUUUACCCCUGGGUGGUCGAUCUCUUGCCGCUUGUAGUAAAGGCGCUUCAAUGCAACCUUUCUGUCAUUCGAUACGCAGCCGCCAAGUGUUUCGCCACUAUCUGCAGCGUCAUUACCGUCGAAGGCAUGACCAUGCUGGUUGAGAAGGUCCUACCUAUGAUCAACGAUGCUCUGGAUGUCCACCACCGUCAAGGCGCCGUCGAGUGCAUAUAUCACCUGAUUCACGUGAUGGAGGACGGCAUUCUGCCUUAUGUCAUCUUUCUCGUCGUUCCUGUGCUUGGCCGGAUGAGUGAUUCGGACAACGAGGUCAGGCUGUUGGCCACAACGUCUUUCGCAACCUUGGUGAAACUGGUCCCGUUGGAGGCUGGAAUUCCUGACCCACCUGGUCUGUCAGAAGAACUUCUCAAGGGACGUGACCGGGAAAGGCAAUUCAUGGCGCAGAUGUUGGAUGUCCGAAAAGUCGAAGAAUUUAAGAUUCCCGUGGCUAUCAAAGCGGAGCUUCGACCUUAUCAGCAAGAAGGCGUUAACUGGCUUGCCUUUCUCAACCGCUACAACCUUCAUGGCAUUCUCUGCGACGACAUGGGUCUGGGUAAAACUCUGCAGACCAUUUGCAUUGUCGCCAGUGAUCACCACAUGCGGGCGGAAGAGUUCGCUCGGACUCAGAAGCCCGAGGUGCGAAAGCUUCCUUCGCUGAUCGUCUGUCCGCCGUCCCUCUCCGGACAUUGGCAGCAAGAAUUGAAACAAUAUGCUCCAUUUCUCAACUGCGUUGCUUACGUCGGACCACCUGCAGAGCGGUCAAGACUGCAGAGCGCUCUUCCCAACGCUGACAUCGUUGUGACAUCCUAUGAUAUCUGCCGCAACGACAACGAGGUCCUCAAUCCGAUCAACUGGAACUACUGUGUCCUAGAUGAGGGUCACCUUAUCAAGAACCCCAAAGCCAAGGCUACCAUCGCAGUCAAGCGUUUGCUUAGCAACCACCGUCUGAUCCUUUCGGGAACUCCUAUCCAGAACAAUGUGUUGGAGCUGUGGUCUCUCUUUGACUUCCUGAUGCCAGGUUUUCUUGGCACGGAGAAGGUGUUUUUGGAUAGAUUCGCCAAGCCUAUCGCGGCCAGUCGCUUCAGCAAGUCGUCUUCCAAGGAACAGGAAGCGGGAGCAUUGGCAAUCGAAGCCCUGCACAAGCAGGUUCUUCCCUUUUUGCUCCGUCGCCUCAAGGAGGAAGUCUUGAAUGACCUUCCACCGAAGAUCAUCCAAAACUACUACUGCGACCCCAGCGAGCUCCAAAGGAAACUGUUUGAGGAUUUCACCAAGAAAGAGCAAAAGGCUCUCCAGGACAAGGUCGGAAGUACCGAAAAGGCCGACAAGGAACAUAUCUUCCAGGCCUUGCAGUACAUGCGUCGUCUCUGCAACUCCCCCGCGCUUGUCGUCAAGGAAGGCCACAAGCAGUACAACGAGGUUCAGCAAUACCUUGCUGCCAAGCAUUCUAACAUUCGAGACGUUGCCCAUGCGCCUAAGCUCAGCGCAUUGCGCGACCUGCUCAUCGACUGCGGUAUUGGUGUUGACUCGCCAAGCGAGGGCGAUCUGAGCGGCGCCAGCUAUGUCAGUCCCCACCGAGCCCUAAUCUUCUGUCAGAUGAAGGAGAUGCUGGAUAUCGUGCAAAGCGAAGUGUUUAACAAGCUGCUUCCGUCCGUUCAAUUCCUCCGGCUCGACGGCAGCGUGGAAGCUACCAGGCGUCAGGACAUUGUCAACCGGUUUAACACGGAUCCCAGCUACGAUGUGUUGCUUUUGACGACCAGCGUCGGUGGUCUCGGUCUGAAUCUGACCGGCGCCGAUACAGUCAUCUUCGUGGAGCACGACUGGAACCCACAGAAGGACAUCCAGGCCAUGGAUCGCGCCCAUCGUAUCGGCCAAAAGAAGGUCGUCAACGUCUACCGGUUGAUCACUCGCGGCACCUUGGAGGAGAAGAUCCUGAACCUGCAACGAUUCAAGAUCGACGUCGCCUCCACAGUGGUCAACCAGCAAAAUGCUGGCCUUGGCACAAUGGACACAGACCAACUCCUUGACCUCUUCAACCUAGGCGAGACGGCCGAAACAGCCGAGAAGCCUAGCGACGCGGCUGGCAACGAGGUUGACAUGGUCGACAUCGACGGCAACGUCAAGGAGAAGGGCAAGAAGGGCUGGCUCGACGACCUCGGCGAACUCUGGGACGACCGGCAGUACCAAGAGGAGUACAACCUCGACUCUUUCCUGGCUACCAUGAAAGGCUGA